CUCUUGAACCAUUCAGACAGUGAUUGUUGCCGUCUGUGGGUUUCUGUUACUUUCUCUAUGGCUGCAGCUGAGACAGAAUCCAAAGCUCCUUUCUCUCUGGACUCCUACCAUGUCUCUGAGGAGCUCGGCUUCAUCCUCCCCGAGCCUCUGAAAGAGCUUCCACCUUACUACCAGCCAUGGAUGGAUAUUGCCCUGCAAGUCCCAGAGCUUGUGCACUCUCACGAGCUGCGCGCCCAUAUUAACAAGAUGCCGCUGCUGAGCGCCAAGUUUCUGCAGAAGCACCGGGAGUUGCGGCUGGCCCACCUGACCCUCAGCGUAAUGACCAUGGGCUAUGUUUGGCAGGAGGGAGAGAAUGACACGGUUGAGAAACUGCCACGUAACCUGGCUGUUCCAUACUGGGAGGUGUCACAGCGCUUAGGACUUCCUCCAAUUCUCACCCAUGCCGAUGGAGUACUGGCUAACUGGAGGAAGAAGGACCCCGAAGGGCCCUUUGACAUGGACAAUCUGGAGCUGCUGGUCAGCCUCCCAGGUGGAGACAGUGUCCGAGGCUUCUUCAUGGUCACUCUGCUGGUGGAGCUUGCAGCAGUUCCUGCACUGAGGAACAUUCCCACCGUGAUCAACAGUGUCAGGUGUAGUGACACUGAGACUGUGGCCAGAGCCCUGGAGGACAUCAGCCAGUCCAUACAAAACAUGACAGAUGCACUCAAAUUGAUGCAAGUGUACGUGGAGCCUUCAGUCUUCUAUGGCAUCAUGAGGAUCUACCUGUCUGGGUGGAAAGACAACCCCAGUAUGCCAAAGGGGUUGGUGUAUGAAGGGGUCCAGGCAGAACCGAUGGAGUAUUCAGGAGGGAGUGCUGCACAGAGCAGCUUGCUGCACUGCUUUGAUGAACUUCUGGGAGUCAAACAUGAAGAAAACAGUGGUGCCUUUUUAACCCGCAUGAGGAACUACAUGCCGCCUGCUCACAAGCAGUUGAUCCAGGACAUCUCACGGCAACCCUCCCUCAGGAGUUUUGUCCAGCAGCAGGCCAACGAGCGGCUAAACCAGGCUUUUCAUCUCUGUGUCACAAAACUGUUGGCUUUACGUAGCUACCACAUCAACGUCGUCACCCGCUUCAUCACUGUACCUGCUGCCCGUGCUCGACAACUCCGUAACCAGAGCGAGGACUUCGAGAGGGAGAUGGUCAGCAGAGCACCCACAGCACUGGAGGAGAGGGGCACUGGUGGCUCAGGCAUCAUGACCUUCCUAAAAACUGUGAGGGACCAAACAAAAGACGCCCUCCUGCCUGAGACAAGCAAUGAAAUGAAGCUGAUGUGAGCUGUCAUCACUGAGGACACCCAGCAGAGUGUCCACUACAUCACAUAAAACAGGCAGUAAAUCACCUCUGAUUACUUAACACGCUAUUUUUUAUGUCAUUAAAAGGAUGUCAUAUGGCA